UUUGGAGCUUAGCCUCUGGACCAUUCCCCAUUUCUCUGACGUCUGUCUGUGUACUGUUGGGCAUGCAAAGAACCCGCGACGAUUUUACUGUUUGCCUCCCCAAGAAACUUUCUAUAAUAAACGCACAAUCUCCACCAACCUUUCCAUCUUGAAACAAGCUUUUGAAGUUGUUAUAUCUCUGCAUUGAUCGGAAAGGUGAGAUUUUUUUCCUGGCCCUUUACGAUAUGUGCGGUGGAGCGAUCAUUUCCGACUUCAUCCCGUCGGCAAGGCAGCGGCGAGUUGCGAAAGACUGUCUAUGGGCCGAUCAGGGAAAGAAGAAGAAGAAGAAAAGAAAUGAUGGCCGGAAGAUUCGUGCGGAGGAGUUCGAUGAUGACUUCGAAGCCGAUUUCCAGGAGUUUAAGGACGAGGUGACGGAGGUGGACGAAAUGGAGGAGCCUUUUGACGUCAAGUCUUUCGCUUUCCGUCCAAAGUUGGCGCCUUUAAGCAGAGCUGAGGAUUCAACAAUUCUGAAACGCUUUCAAUUGGAUGGAGAUGCUGAUCAUAAAUCAGGCAAAAGGAAGAGGAAGAACCAGUACAGAGGAAUCCGCCAACGCCCAUGGGGAAAAUGGGCGGCUGAGAUUCGAGAUCCUCGCAAAGGAGAACGGGUCUGGUUAGGAACAUUCGACACGCCGGAGGAGGCCGCUCGAGCUUACGAUGCUGCAGCUCGUAAGGUUCGAGGCAAGAAAGCCAAGGUGAACUUCCCUGAUGAAGCUCCCAAAACUGCUCUGAGUCAUCCUCCACAAACAUUGCAAGAAAACUCUAAUUGGGAAUCAAGUUUCGAUGCAAACUACAAUUUUUACUCGAGUUUUUGUAUGGGAGAGGAGAUUGUUGUGCCAAUAAAGAUUCAGAAUAUGUAUUCCGAGCAGGAAAGCAACUCUUUAAAUUGCUCGGAUUAUGGCUGGGAACAUGAGUUCAAUAACCCUGAGAUUAACUCAAUUCCAUCUACUACUGUUGAUGAACUUAAAUCUGCGUACCUGGAAGAGAGUGCGGCUGGCAAGAAACUCAAAACUGAUUCUGGUGAGGAUUCAGCAAUGAAAUUUUCAGAAGAUCUGUCGGCUUUUGAUCCAGUUCUGAAGUUCAUGACAUCCUCUGAAGGAACCUUAGAUGGAUCACUUGAUUCCAUUCUUGGCACCGAGAUGAUUCAAGAUGGAAUCAAUUUCAUGGAUCUCUGGAGCUUUGAGGACAUCCCUAUAUCUGAUAUGAUUUUCUAAAUUAUAUCUGAUAUCUAUCCGGAUCUCUCCAAAUUAGAAGAAAAAUAGACAUAUAUGUGGAGAUUAUGAAGAGGCUGAACUGUUAGCCAGAUAUGCUACCAAUUUCAUUGAAGCAGACGUUGGUUAUUAUAUGCUAAUAAGUGUAGUUUUUCUGUACUGAUUGUUGUGUCUUUCAGAACUGAAAUAUGUGCGAGUGGUUUGCAGCUGAUUUCUGGUUUUGUAUAUUGUUGUUGUUAGAGAUAUAAUUACUUGAUGAGUGGUUAUGUUUA